AUGGCCGAGAUCACCAGUGUCCACCCCGGCUUCGAUGUGUCUCCCGUGGUGGCAGGACUCAUUGGAGCCACUGUCCUGGUGGUUUCUGUCUCAGUCACAGUCUUUGUGUGGACAUGCUGUCACCAGCAGGCAGAAAAGAAGCACAAAACCCCCCCGUACAAAUUCAUUCACAUGCUCAAAGGCAUCAGCAUCUACCCGGAGACCUUGAGCAACAAGAAGAAAAUCAACCGGAUCCGGAGAGACAAGAACGGCACGGCCAGGGAGGGGGGCAGGGGGAACCUCCUGGUGGAUGCUGCUGAAUCUGGGCUGGUGGGCCCUGACAAGGCUCUGGAGGGGCCCCCCCACGUCGACCAGCUCCCCAUCAAAGUAGAUUAUGGAGAUGAACUCAGCCCAGAUCAAAGCCUCACUCCAGGAGGGAGUAAAACCUCCUCCCCAUCUUCCCCGGGUGAUGAUGUCAUGCUGGGAGACCUGACUUUCUCAGUGGACUACAACUUCCCCAAAAAGGCUCUGGUGGUCACCAUCCAGGAGGCUCACGGGCUGCCCGUGAUGGACGAGCACACGCAGAGCUCUGACCCCUACAUCAAGAUGACAAUUCUGCCCGACAAGAGGCACCGUGUCAAGACCCGAGUGCUCCGCAAGACCCUGGAGCCCGUGUUUGACGAGACCUUCACCUUCUACGGGAUCCCCUACAGCCAGCUCCAGGAUCUGGUGCUGCACUUCCUCGUGCUCAGCUUCGACCGCUUCUCCCGGGAUGAUGUGAUUGGGGAGGUGAUGGUGCCCCUUGCAGGGGUGGAUCCCAGCACUGGCAAGGUCCAGCUGACCAGGGAGAUCCUCAAAAGGAACAUCCAAAAGUGCAUCAGCAGAGGGGAGCUGCAGGUGUCCCUGUCCUACCAGCCCGUGGCACAGAGAAUGACCGUGGUGGUGCUGAAAGCCAGGCAUUUGCCAAAGAUGGACAUCACUGGCCUCUCAGCAGACCCCUACGUCAAGGUGAACGUUUACUACGGGCGCAAGCGCAUCGCCAAGAAGAAAACCCACGUCAAGAAGUGCACUUUGAACCCCAUCUUCAACGAGUCCUUCAUCUACGACAUCCCCGUGGAUCUGCUGCCCGACAUCAGCAUCGAGUUCCUGGUGAUCGACUUUGACCGCACCACCAAGAACGAGGUUGUGGGGAGGCUGAUCCUGGGGGCUCACAGCGGCAGCGCCGCGGGCGCCGAGCACUGGCGCCAGGUCUGCGACAGCCCCAGGAAAGCCGUGGCCAAGUGGCACAGCCUGAGCGAGUACUGAGCUCAGGCCAACCCCUAGGACAGACUUAAACCUUGUUUUAGCUGUAGGACUAAACUACUUUUCGUUGAGAAGCAGCAGCUGAUUGGUUCUCUUAGUGAUGUGGUUUUUGCAGGGCACUAAAAAAAAAAAAUUCUAAGGAGCAUUAAAAACGAUGGGGAAUAAAUGAUUUAAAGAAAAAAAAAAGGUACCACGAAUAUAUAUAACAGUGUAAUCACGCUAUUGCAUGCCUACUACAAACUGAAAUUAGUAUAACUGCCAAUAUCAAGUUGCAGGUUUUAAUACAAUUAUCUGUCACUAUGGAAGUUGUGUUUGUGCCGAGCUGUCUUUGCUGGUAUUCACCAAGAUUGGCCUGUCUUCAUUAGGCUUCUCCCAAAGUUUCUGAAUUCUGCUGUUUAACCUCUAGUUUCUUGUUAGUUUUGCCUGCCCAUUGGUUCUUGCAGUUCUGUUCUGUGCUGGUUUGGGAGUCCCAACUGCGUUUCCAUGUAGAGCUGGGUUAGAAUUCUGCACUGGCACAAAAGGAAAAUACAGGGAAAAUGGCACUGGCCUCCAGAGAAGAAACAGUUCUGUGUCAGGCAUUGAAAUCCUUGUUGUUGUGAUGUACCUGGGGAGCUGCGAGGUCACAACAUCCAAGACUUGACUCUAAAAUCCAAACCCCAUCAAACUGAUCCUGUUGCUUUUGCCACAUGGGGGUCACACAGGCAGGAUCCCACAGACUGUAGGAAUUGGGGAAAUCCUGCUCAGUUUCAUUUUAUUUAAUCCUGUCUGUGCAUGAAGGGCCCAAGAAAACCCAAACACUGAUGUGUCAUUGAUUGGUAAAGAAACUCUUAAACAUUAAAUGUCAAAUUCUACCUGGCUGAUAAUUUCUGUUUAAUGGCAAAACAAAGCUGAGAUAGGGAAGGGUCCUGAAGGCAGAGCUGGUUGAUGAAAAGGUGACAAAACUUCCCUUCAUCCAUGCUGGAGCCAAUUUGCAUUAGACAUGAUCCUGCAGUCACCUAAGAGCCAGCUCCCAAAAGAAGAAAAGACACGGGGCAAAGCCUGGCACUAAAAAUGUCCCAGACCUGGAGUUUCAAGGCAGCUUGGAGGAAUUCUGAAAUCCUGCCUGAAUUCUGAGCCUGGAAACCACCUGCAAGGGGAAAGAUGGCCCUGACCAGAGGGACCUUGAGCACCUGAGGCUGUUUUAACCCUGCAGAGUCAGGAAUUUGGAACACAAGUUCAUAAAGGUUGGCAGCAGCUGCCUGAGAUCUGGUGGUGCUCACACAGCCCUGGAGCUGCCUUUGGAUGUAAGCAGAGCAUCCUGGCACCUGGAUUUGGGUAUUCUGGCCACAGCCCAGCCAGGGCACAGAUAAGGGUGAUAACUGGCAGCAAAUAAUUCAUGGUAACCAGUGUUGGUGAACUGAGCAGAAAUAAUUAUAACUGAAAUUGUUCCUGGGCUCUCCAAUGGAAAUGCAGAAGCAGAACUGGGUUUGCAAAGAGGCUCCUUGACAGCCCCAGGUUUUCAAGAAACCUUUGGUUGCUCCCAGGCAGCCAGUCUGCUCUGAGCCCUGUGGGAUGCAAAUAACAGAUUAUCAUUUUUUUAAAAAUGAAGAUCAUUUAACUACUUACAGGACUUGACUACUGAAUUUCAUAUCCCUGUUGGAAAAAUGAUCCUUUUCACCUUCUUUCCCCCCUGAAAUGGGAACAACUGAGCGAGGCUCUCCUGGUUCCCCACGAGGCAUCAGGGAAGAAGCAGCUCUGUAUGAACAGACAGCACUUUGUGAGCUGCCACCACUCUGGCAUCUCUUCCUAAGGCAUUAUUUUUGGAAAGCUGAUUUUUCUCACUCACAGCCACUUACUCACUGGCCCUCCCUCCCAGGCUGUGGCUCCUGGAGGCUGCAGCUCCAUUUCUCAGCAGACACAAGCGUGGACUUUGUUCCCCUUCACCCAUCCCCACGACCAGGAUUUCUGCCUGAGGUUGUAGUAGAUUUUAUCAGUGUCUUAAAUGCUUUUUGGCUCGAGCUCUGUGGCUCACAGAGAAUGAGUUCCCCGUUGGAAAUUGCUGUAGAUCUCUUUCAAUCCUAGUUUUUUGCACUAAGCAAUUGUGCUGCUGCAAUUCAAGCAACCGUCACAACUUUUCCUCAGAACAUGCUUUCCAACACCACUCCAAAGAUCUGACCACGACUAACAGCAGCAGCAAAAUUCCCCUCUCCCUUCGGUGUGAAAAGCAUGAUUAAGCCUAGAUGAUCUUAAGAUUCCUUUAGUUGCAAAGGAAAGAUGAAUUUCUUGUCAAGGAAACAUGCUCAGGGUAAAUAGACUUAGGCUAUCGGGCAGGUAGGAGUAGCUCCAACACUCUUCUGGAAUAAUAGGAAACUGAAAAUGUGCAGAUAUAUAUUUUUUAAAACAUAAAAUAGACAGUAAGUGACAGCGGACUCACUGUAAAAUCUCCCAGGUGUGGUUAUUCUUUACCUUGUGUCUUCUAUUGUAAAAUGAACUUGGACAGUUACAACUUUGUGUGGAAAAAAAAAAAGAAAAAAGGCAAAAAACCUAACUCAACCUGUGUGAAACUGCAUAAUGCUAUAAGCUAACCUACAUUCUGUAAUGCUACCUUGUAUGUUGAAUUUGUUAACGCACAUUGAGCGUGCAAAUAAAAAUUAAAUCACUUUAAUUUUGCUGCCUUUGCUGUGUGUGACCGUGGGCAACAACCAACACGACUGAACACUCCGAGGAUUUGCUUCUAUAAAUAUGCAUUUCUGCUGAAAAUGUGCAUU